AAAUAAUUUUUUUUUUUAAUAAAAUUUAUAAAAUUAAUUUAAUUUAAUUUUUUAUAAAAAUUAAAAUAAAAAAAAGUUUGAAGAAUUCUCAAGUGACAGUUGGUUGGAUAAAUGGCUGGAGCUUCAAAUAUUGGCGGAAUAUUUUUUAAGAUAAAUCUGUGAUUUAGAGAAUAAACAUGUGCAAGAUUGUUGGAGGUUUUGUGAAUUUUAGUGCGGUGAAGUUUUGUGAUUGAGAGUUUUUUAUAAAUUACAAGCAGGUGAUUUGGAGCUUGUUCUAAGUUUUAAGAGGACUAGUGAUGGGGAGAAAAAUUGAGAGCUGGAAAUGUCCCGGGACACGGGGAGUUGUCAUCGGGAGCAUAGUGCUGGGAUUACUCUGCGGAACUUUAGAUGCAGCCCACUUCCGACCAUCAAGGCAAGCAGAUUUUCGCACGCAAUACUUGAGUAUCGACGAUUCAAUGACAAAAGAUGACAACCACAACCACAAGCCCGUAUUUUCGGAUUGUUCGAGUUCCUUAAAACCGAGAGUGAAAGAAGACGAGCCCGCUGGAACAGUGGUCGUGCAAGUCCACGCAGUAGACCGAGACUCGCCAGAAGAAGGAGGUACCAUAACUUACAGUUUUGUCACGGCGCCUGGUGAAAAAUUAAAAUUUGAGAUAAAUAAUGUCACUGGAUUAAUUAAAACCACCCAGGUAAUUGAUCGAGACGAGCCGGCGCGUGAAAAAGAAGCUUAUUUAACAGUAUUAGCGACGGACAAUGGUCGCCCGCAGCUUGAUGACGUUUGUACCUUUAAAGUUACCAUCGAAGAUGUUAAUGAUAACGCCCCUGUCUUUGACAAAGUCGUUUACACAGAAUCAGUGCCCCAAGAUCACCCAUUGAAUGCCGAGGUUAUGCGUGUAUCCGCGACGGAUAUCGAUGACGGUAAUAACUCCGUGAUUCAAUACAGUCUCACUGCCUCAAGAAACACCGACGAUGAUUCUUAUUUCAAAAUAGAUGAGAAGACUGGAGUGAUUUAUCUCAACAAAACGAUUAAGCACGAUCCAAACUACAAAUUCCGUCUGAUAGCCCGAGCGCAAGAUUUAGGCCGCCUGGAGCCAAAAGCCAGCGAAAUUGACCUUGAAAUCCGCGUGGUGGAGUCCUACAAAAAAGCUCCAACGUUCUUAGGAAUCUCCACAAGCAAUCACAACCCUCUAACCAUCCCCGAGGACUUCAAAAAUUACUCAGCAUCUCUAGUCCAGAUCACCGCGGCUUCAAACAUUCCCGACAACCCAAACGGGUUGAUCUUCGAGCUUGUAACCGGUGGAACCGAACAAGCAAACAAAGCAAACACAUUCCGUCUCGAAUCCGAGGGGAACACUGCCCACAUAAAACUGUCCCAGAACCUGGACUACGAGCGAGUAACCGAGUACACGUUGAUAGUCCGAGUCCAGAACAACUACGACCUGGCCGCCGAAACAGUGGUGAACAUCCAGGUCGAGGACGUCAACGACAACUUCCCCGUAUUCGUCGAAAUGAAGAAAGGAAGCGUGUUAGAAAACGAACCUAAAGGAGUUCCAGUGAUGCAAGUCCGCGCCAUCGACCGGGACGGAACCGAAGCUAACAACCAAGUCACCUACGAACUGGACAACCACAAAGACCUGUUUGCUAUCGACAAGUACACCGGAAACAUCACCACCCUGACCUCCUUUGAUCGUGAGAAGGUAGACUCCUACAACAUCAAAGUAAUAGCCACUGACAACUCCCCUAGUGCUUCAAUCCCGACCGGAGGCCCUAACAAAGGUCAGCAGGACUUCAGGAUUGAAAUCGCUGAUAAAAAUGACAACCCACCGCAUUUUAACCGCUCAGUCUACACCGCUAACUCCAUAUUGGAGAACACCAACAUCAACGCUCUGGUCACUGAAGUCAAAGCUGACGACAACGACACAGCAAGUCCCGUAAUUUACUCAAUAAUUGGCGGGAAUGCAGACGACAGCUUCUACAUAGAGGCCACCACCGGUAAGAUCCGGAUAAAACAGUCCCUAGACUACGAGAAGGUUACAGAGUACAACCUUACCGUCCGAGCGUUCGACGGUCUUUACGCAGACAACGCUACAGUGAAAAUCUUCAUUGAGAACGUUAAUGACAACCUUCCAGUGUUCUUGCCAGGUGACAGGAACCCAACGAUUGACGAAGAAACUAAUAUGGGUAAUUGCGUUACCACCGUGACUGCCUACGACCCUGACAUCAAGAACAGGAGCGCUGAUCAGCACAUCGCCUACUUUAUCGUCAAGGAAGACCAGCAGCCGCUGCUAGAGAUCCUUAAGAAUGGCUGUAUAAAGUUGAAAAAGCCUCUGGACCGCGAUCCGCCCGGAGGGUAUCCAAUGUGGCCAGUGAUAGUCAUGGCGCGGGAUGAAGAUGGCGCCCCUACUGCGCUUCAAGACAUUGUUCGGGUGAACAUAACCUUGAAUGACCUGAACGACAAUGCUCCGUUCCUGGACAUGCCUCAGCCGGUAGUCUGGUACGAGAACCAGCUUCCGGAUAACAUAACCAAGCUUCGUGCUCGUGACUUUGACUCAGAAGAAAACGGACCGCCGUUUAGAUUCUCGAUAGACCCAGCGGCUGAUAAUAGCGUUGAUUUGUUCGCGAAGUUCAGUAUUAUUGGAGACGAUCUUAGAGCUAAUGUCAUGUUUGAUCGUGAGGAUCAAAAGCAGUAUCUCAUACCGAUUGUCAUCUCCGACAGCGGACGGCCUGUGGCAAUGACUGGAACUUCAACGCUAACAGUGGUGAUUGGUGAUGAAAAUGACAACGCGAUGGAAGAAGGAACUAGUUCUAUCUUCGUGUAUAAUUACAAGCCUAAAAACCCUCCGGAGGAACCGGUACAGGAUACUGAGAUCGGUAGGGUGUAUGUCAACGACCUGGACGACUGGGAUCUACCGGACAAGCGGUUCUCCUGGCUAGAGAACGGAGAUUAUCACAAAGGAUUCAGCUUGGACGAACACACCGGGAUGAUAACGAUGCUCGGUUCCAACCCUUGGACGGACGGAACCUUCCUGCUGAAGUUCGUCGUCAAGGAAUCGAGCCCCAGGAUCCCCAGCCACUCCGUGAACGCUUAUGUGAAUGUCACGGUCAAGUUGAUCCCCGAGGAAGCUGUUGUCAAGUCGGGUUCCAUCAGGUUCUACGACGCCACUGCUGAGGAGUUCGUCGCACCGAGGCGAGACUCAAUUGCCAGUAAAAAAGACACGUUCCACGCGAGACUAGCCGCCAUUUUAAACACUACUAUUGAGAAUGUUGAUGUAUUCACUGUUCUGACUUCCCCCCACCAGCAGAACUUCCAGAACAAUGACACCAAAAAACAUGUUCCACUUCUGGACGUUCGGUUCUCGGCACACGGCAGUCCGUACUACGCACCGGAGAAGCUCAACACGAUUCUAUCUCGGAACGCGGUGAACAUAGAACGAGAACUUGACAUGGACAUAAUGAUGAUCAGCAUCGACGAGUGCUUGAUAGAAAAUGUCCACUGCAACAACUCAUGCCGGAACUACCUGAACAUUUCUGCAACUCAGCCGUACGUUAUUUACACCAACCUAACCUCCUUCGUAGGAGUCAGGGCAGUAGUGGAUCCUCAGUGCACUUGUCAUGUAGCGGAACCAAUUUACUGCUUAAAUGGUGGAACUCCUUUGUUAGCUGGAACAUCGCUGCAAAACGGCGAAAUUGUUGGAACCGAAAGGUGUGAGUGUCCUCCCGGGCUUGAGGGUCCUAGGUGUGAGCUCCUGGACAUCGCGUUCCACGGUGACGGCUGGGCUGUAAUGCCUGCAAUGGAACAAGCUUGUGAUGACAAUCACCUGGGUGUCGAACUUAAGACUUAUCAUGAAUACGGAUUGAUUUUUUACGUCGGACCGAUGAUGUACAACAAGUUCGGGGUUCCAGAUUUCUUGGCCGUGGAACUGCAGAAAGGUUACCCGGUUUUGUAUAUUAAUUACGGAAGUGGAACACUUAGGUUGCAAUACACUGAGAUUAUGGUUAGUGAUGGUAAGGAACAUCGCCUUGACAUCUACUGGACAAAGUCUACGGUAGAAUUGAAAGUUGAUAACUGUGGAAGUUCCUCGUGUUUGUGUUUCGGAGGACCGCCACCUAGUAAUAAGUUCCUUAAUGUUAACUCGCCGAUACAAAUUGGCGGGAACGGAAUGGUAAGUACGGACUUUUACGAACUGAGCGAGCUUUAUAAUUGGACUGUCACGCCAACAGACCGCGGGUUCUAUGGAUGCAUUCGGAACAUGACUAUCAAUGGUAAUACUUAUAAUUUUGGAAAUUUGGCGCUGGCGAAAAAUGCCUACGCCGGAUGCGACAGUGGAAUGGCCAAGGCGGUAUCAUUCUCGCUGGACACAAACUUCUGGGUGGUGAUUGCGGUUUGUUUGAUCAUCUUGUUCCUGCUGGUGGUGGGAAUCUUCGCUCACAGAAGAAGAAGCGAUGAGCAUUACAAGGACAUGGACGACAUUAGAGAGAAUAUUAUUAACUAUGAAGACGAAGGUGGCGGCGAACAGGACACUGGGUAUGAUCUCAAUGUUCUCAGGAGGAUCUACGACUCCCCGAGUGUCCUAGGUGGUGGUAAUGGCGGUAUUGACGCUAAGCUAGCCUCGGUUAUUAAUCAGGGCAAAGCCGGGGAAGAGAUUCCUGAUAUUUGCAGCUUUCUUGACGGAAAGAAGUCCAAUUGUGAUAAGGAUCCGGAUAUCAAUCCGUUUGAUGAUGUCAGGCAUUAUGCGUAUGAGGGAGAUGGAAAUUCUGAUGGGUCAUUGUCUUCAUUGGCUUCUUGCACUGAUGAUGGCGAUCUUAAGUUUAAUUACUUGUCGAACUUCGGACCUAGGUUCAGGAAAUUGGCGGAUAUGUAUGGAGAGGAACCUAGUGAUGAUGAUGAUGACGACGAUGAUGAUGAUGAUAAUGGCCCGGAUGUUGAUGUUGAUAAUGAUAGUAAUAUUAAUGGAGACGCUUGCAGGCGCAGGAGGUUCCGGCAAGAUGAUCAUGGGAAUAAUUCUGAUAGGCCUGCGCCCAUGCCUAGAAGAAAUCCGGGGAAUGAUGAGAGAGAGAGUGAGAGUUGGUGUUGAGUUUAUUGUGAUUAUUACUAGGGUUGCUAAGAGUUUUUGUGAUUUUUAUGGUCUUUUUUUGGUCAUAGAAAGUUUUUAUAGUAAUUAUGGAAAUUUUAGGAAGAAUUGUUAACGUUGUUAAUUCUAUUAGCAGCCAUUUUGUUUUGUAAAGUUAAGACUAGCGUGCGCAACAAUAGUACCAACAGUUAAAAACUUGAGAUUAAUAAUGGCGACGUUUGGCUAUAGUAAGAAGUAUGGUUAUGUUUAUUAUAAAAAACAGUUAAAUGUGUCAUUAAUAUUAGGAUUAAUAAGAAUGAAAUUGACAGCUGAUAAUUUCUAGGAUUUUCUUUAAUAUAAAUUA